AUGGCAGAACCCACACCUGGAUCCACGCCAGCACCCACCCCAGGCACCACGGCGGAACCCACUCCGGGAGCCACGCCAGGGUCUACCCCAGUGCUGUCUCCGGCUCCAAGCCCCGGAAUACUAUCAACGACCGCACCAGAAGAACCCACCGCAAUUCCCACGCCAUCGGAAACCGUCCUUCCAACGCUAGAGCAAGGCACCCCUGGACCAACGAUGCCUGCUACUUGGCCGAGAACCGUGCCGCCAACGGCCGGCUUGACGCUUGCGCCCACUCCCGAUCAAACUUUGACAUCCACUGUUGGGCAAACGCUCCUGUCUACUGUGGAGCAAACUCUCCCGCCUGUAGAGCAUUCUCUUCCGCCUUCGCUGAAGCAAAAUCUCCUGCCUACCGUCGAUCACACUGUCCCACCCAAGCUUGGACAAGCGCUUCCGCCUUUUGUCGAGCAAACGCUUUCGCCUACCGUUGAUCGAACUAUAACCCCUACCGUUGAGCAAAUGCUAUUGCAAUCUGUUCAGCAAACUCUCUCGCCUACUGUCGACCAAACCCGACACCCACCGUUGAGCAAACGCUCCUGCCUACUAUUGGGCAAACCCUCGUUCCUACCGUUGGGCAAACGUUCCCACUUGCUAUUUUGCGGACCCUUUUCGCCCAACGUUUAG